AUGUCUCUCUCCAGCUCGGAAGAGGAGGUGGUUCAGGACUGGCGCCGCCCGGAGUUGGCAGCGACGGUGGUCGUGGAAGAGGACGAGGACCUCAGGGGUCCAGCAGCAUCAGGGACAGAGCGGGUCGCGUUGAAGCCGAGGGUCGAUCUAGUUCCGGUGUUGGCGAGCCUAGCAGCGGAUUACAUGUCGACGGUGUCAGAGGGAACCUCUAUAGACUUUAUUGAGGAAGUGGAGGUGAUCACCAGGGCGCCGACGCCAUCGGGGAGCGUUGCAAGGGUCGCGGUGCCGAGCGAGAAGAAGAAGACCGAGCCCAAGAUAAAGCGGAUGCCAAAGGCGCCGGCCGUGAAGGCGAUGCCUCGUGUGAGGGCAUUCCUCAAGCCCCGCAUGGGCGCCAUGGUGAAGAACAAGACAGUGGCGCAGCAUGGUGCGGCGCACGAGAAGGUUGUGAAGUACGCCAAACCUUUUGCCGAGUUCCUGGAGGCGAAGGGGUCCAGAAAGGAGUUUCAGGCCGUUUUUCCCAGAGGCCGAGACAAGGAGCUUGGUGAUGUUGGUGAACCGGUCCAGCUACGAGAGCGAGUCUCAGAUGGGCAAGGGUUCGCGGCUGAAUCUGCCGCCGCCUCCUCCACCACCGCCGUCGGCACCACAGUGGUUCAAAGUUGGGUCGGGGAACAGCCGGGAACGAGCUCAGCAACUCCGGGAACCAGCUCGACGCCGGGAACCAGCUCAACGGUGCCGGGAACAAGCUCAAUGCCACCAGCGACGCCGCCCAACCGGGACGAGCAUCUUCCGAAGAUCUUCAUCGGAGCUGUGCAUGAGAAAGCGGGUGAGUGUCAGCGUGGUCGUGGCGUUUUUCCGCAGCGGAAGUUGAAGGAGGAGCAGAAGGGUCGCAGAGAGAUACAGGCAGAUAAGUUUUGGUUUCGAGGUGUGGCCAUGCUUGUGCUUGUUGCAGUUGGUGUUGGCAUGUUGGGGUCGAGCGCUUGGCCCGCUUGGCAGCCAGACAGGGAGAGCAUGAUGACGUCCUUCGUUCGGUGGUCGCGUUCCGCAGGGCUUGCAGGGUCAGGGGAAGUGAUCAUCACGAUGCGUUCAGAUGGGGCACCACCAGUGGACCCGGACAGCUUGGCAGCUCUGCCGUUGCCCAACACGAACACCAAAGGACCUCCAAAGACUUGGGUUGAAGAACAUGGCAGGUACCUCAGGGAAAACUUUGAUCCCACUGGUGCGCUUGAAAGGGACAGGGAGAUAGAUGCCGAGUUAGGGUUUGAUGCUCCGGUCCCGGACCUGGGGGAUUUAGGGUUUGAGGGUGACCUGGACAAGUUCGUUGAGUUGCCUGGUGACGUUAUGAGGGUUGAUGAUGAUGGUGAUGAUUCACUGUAUGAGCCCUCCAUCCCGGAUGACGAUGACAACAGGGAAUUACCUGAGCAGCCACCGGGGGAAAUCAGCAACGAGGAGCUGCAAGAUCUCAUGGAAGUUGACGCAGAGCCGCUCGACAGGGUCCCAGAGGGGGUCGCCAGCGCCUUUGUAAGUCGUUUUGAGCGUCAGGAGGCGAUAGGAAACAUCGCUUCGGCAGCCCAAGUUGCUGGGAAUCCCGAUGGAGAUGGCGAGAUCAUUGUUGAGCUCGGGGCUGGACUUGUGAAAGCCCAAAGGCCCUGCGCAUCCAGGGACGAUGUUACCGAGGUAGAGCUUGAUUUGGGGUUGACCUAUGAGGGCAUGGUGAAAGAACUUAAGGCUCUGGAGAGCCUCGCGGUAGGGACCGGGGACAUGAUGUGGCAUGUCGAUCCGAAGCAGCGUGUCAUCAGCACUCGGUGGGUGGUUGCUGCUAAGACCGAGCGAGUCGAAGGUAAAGAGACCCCACUCGUUCGUUGUCGGAUUGCUGCCCGGGACUACUCUACUGGUCCUUCUGCGGCACAGUUGGGGAUCAGCUCUCCGACAGCCUCCGCCGAGGCACUGAAGUUGUUUCUCGCUGUGACCGGGGCCAAGGGUUUGAAUAUCCUAGGGCUCGAUGUGUCCACUGCGUUUCUUUUCGCACAUCUCAUGGGAGAACAAGUUGUUGUGAGCAUGCCAGAGGGUUGUAGGGGUCCAUCCGGGGAAAAGCUUUUCUUAAAAACUGAACAAGGCCCUCUACAGGCUGCGUUCCGCCGCCCUGCACUGGACACGACAUCUGGCCGGUCUGCUCAAGAACUCUUUGGGAUGACUGCGUGUCCUACGGAACCGUGUUUGUUCGUUGGGUCCUACAAGGGCAAACCAAUCUAUAUACUCACUUACGUCGAUGAUUUGCUGCUGCUAGCAGGGGUGAGCACUGAAGAUCUUUAUGAAAUGGUGGAGUCCUUGCGCAAGGAGCCGAAACUCAAGGUCACGGCUGACCUCGCAAAGGAUGGUAAGAUCCACUUUCUAGGAAGAGAGAUUUUUCGGUCAGAACAGGGCGGGGACCUCAAGUUUGGAAUGGAUCCCGGAUAUAUGAAAGAUGUUCUGGAAGAGUACAAGCUUGAGAACUCCAAGGGUGUCCCCACACCGCCUUGUUUGAGGGAUUUGCUUGAUAAGGCUCUGGAUGAGCCGGGGCUGAGGGUUCCUCUCACCGCCGAGGCCGCGGCUAGAUAUCGACGAGCUUUGGGAAAGCUCAGCUGGCUCAGCACCACACGUGGGGACCUGGUCUACUACGUUUCGGUUCUGGCUCGGGGCCAGAGCUCGCCUCAGGAGGUGCAUGAACGAGCUAUGCGAGCGGUACUUAGAUACCUCAAGACCUUGAUAAACUACUUUCAGCUUUUCCCGCGCCAAGAAGAAAAAGAGCUCAAGCUCCACUCCUAUGUGGACGCCUCGUGGGGUAGUGAGCGCUCCGUCGACCGGAGGUCGAUUUCGGGCGGCUGCCUUAUAUUGGGGAAGGCCUGUAUCAAGACGUGGGCGAGGCUUCAGCAGUCGGUCGCUCUCUCCUCUGCGGAGAGCGAGCUGUAUGCUUUAGUCGAAGGUGCCAAAGAGGCUUUGGGAACAUUCCAGCCGUUCUUGGAAGCAGUCCGAACACCUCUUUGA